AUGAGGAAGGGCUCCUGCUGCAUGUUCACGUCGGGAGUCGUCGGUGCUCUUCUCCUGAUCGCCGGGAUCGGCCUCUUUGUGUCCGGAUUCUUCCAGACCUUGAUCCACAACAAGCUGAAGGGGUGGUUAACGUCUUUAUUUACAGUUUCUGCUCAACUGAGGAGAAGAGCGUCAUCCUCAGCUCUGUUUAAGACUGCACUGACGCUUCUCCAGUCUCUGAAGGAUAAUGCUCGCUCAAGGGUCCAAUCACUCCCCAAACGUGGCGCCAGCGCUCGUCCGGCCAGAGGUUAUCUGCAUCUGACCCAGUGUGGAUUCAGAGGAUCUAAUAACACCACUGAUUACGUCGCUUACGUGGCAAAAGAUCCUGUUAACCGGAGAGCCUGUCAUAUUGUGGAGUGCUCUGACGGUCUGGCUCAGGAUGUGAUCAGUACGAUCGGUCAGGCGUUUGACCUGCGCUUUCAGAUCUACCUGCAGUGUCCGUCCAGCAAACCCUCGUCCAUGCACGACAGGGGUAUGAGUACUGACGAGCCCCCGUGGACGGAGGAAGGAGAGGAGUCGGCCGAUCAUCAUUACUACAACAGCAUUCCCGGAAAGAUGCCGCCACCGGGAGGAUUCAUUGACACUAGAUUGACCAAUCAGACGCAAGACGGCUGCCAGGCGGCUGGAGUCGACCAGACGUACUACCAGGGCCGACCCAUGUUCAUCCAACAAGGCUCCUGUGACAUUUACAGUCUCCCUGAGGUCAAAGGUCAAGCCCCGAAGGCAGGAGAAGUGCCCACGUAUGUGAACACGCAGCACAUUGACACGCAGGUGCUAGCUGCCCUCCAGGGGGAGUCAGAGACGCUGUCUGAUUCGGGCACGGGCGGGACAGCUAAAGACAGCCCGAGGAAGGACCUCUUUGACAUGAAGCCGUUUGAGGAUGCCAUCAUGACCCAGACUCCAGCAUCAGAGCUGCAUAAAGCGGCGUCUGUGGAUAACUCCAGUCCUCUUCUGAUGCGCGCGGCCGCUCUGAGAGCUCAGGAGGAGCUGGAGGACCAGACGUGGUACCACGGAGAGAUGAGCCGCCGGCAGGCCGAGAAACUGCUGCUCCAUGACGGAGACUUCCUGGUGCGGAAGAGCACCACAAACCCGGGCUCAUACGUCCUGACGGGGAUGCACCACGGCUUGGCCAAACACCUGCUCCUGGUCGAUCCGGAGGGAACGGUCCGGACGAAAGAUCACAUAUUCGAGAGCAUAAGCCACCUGAUUGGCCAUCACCGUGACAACAACCUGCCGAUCGUUUCGGCGGGAAGCGAACUGUGUUUGAAGCAGCCGGUGGACAGAAAACAGUGACGACAGCUGAACCUCUUUCACCAAAACAAACACCCCAUCGGAGAACACGUGACGCUUGUCCGACUGCUUGACUGUGACGGCGUUUGUAGACGGACGAUUCCUAGAACCGACCGUUAUUUUAUCGCGCUGGUUGAGAAUCUCUAUUUUUGAAGAAGAAGAAGAAGAAGACGACGGCGGUGGGUUUUUCGGACCGUUUGAACGACCUCGGUCUCCAAGAGGGAUGCGACGAAAACUAGAUAAAGAGUAUUUUAGAAUAAAAAAUAAAAAGUUUAGUUUUGUCUAUCAAGCACAACCGGAUUUUCAUGUUCGUUGACAAGAGAUAGAAGGAAACUAAUAUUUGAAAAAACGUAAAUUAAAAAAACUAAACGCUGUUUAUAUCGACCUAUUUUAGGAGUUGGGCCUUCACUGCAGCUAGUGUGCGAGAUCAUUUGGUAGCUUCACUGCUUUUUAGAGGGAGGAUGACGUGAAUGUGUUUACUUUAGCAGAAAUCACACUUUGACGCUGCACGCACACACACACACACACGCACACGGCUUUAUAAAGUACCUUCAUUUUUCGAUGACGUUGAAACCUGUGGCACUCGCAUGACUUAAAACCUUAAUUGUACUUGUGGUCAUUGUUGGUAGCAUCCAGAGCCCCAGCAGAGGUGCUUUAGUGUGCUCUCAAUGUAAAAUAUUUAUGCUUUCCAGUAUUCCUUGAGUUUAGCUCCUUCUUUAAACGUGUCAGAGGUGUGUAGUCGCUCGGCUCGGCCCUUUACUUUAUACCUGGAUGUUUCUAUCGGUUCUGACUUUCAUGGUUUGACUGUGGGCUUCACAAACACACACACUGGUGUUAUGAUUCUUCUUCUGAUGAUUCUUUUCAAUUAAACGGUUCUAAAUGAAUAGCACAAUCAACGCUUUUCUGUGUGAGAGACGGUCACGGUCUAUUAAUGGACGAACUGGAAGAUUACUGGAUUCUUCAGCAUAUUAGCCACGAGUCACAUGCUUCUGUUGCAUUUUGUGUUUUCCUGUAAAUCCACAUUUUAGAUAAAUUAAACUUGCAUUUGAUACAAUUACUGUUUCGUAAAUAGCUCUAAGAAUUUAAUGUGUUAAGUUUUCAUGCAUAAGGGUAAAUUAUAAAUGUCAAGAAAUUGACCCCAAAAUCAACAUAAAUUCAGACAAUGAAGCUUAAUUGCCAUUAAAAUAAUCCAACAAAAUGCUUAUGUUUCAACAAACAGGUUUCAUUUUC